AAAUUGUUUGACCAUAAAGAAAAUAUUCUGACAUUUACUUGUUUCUCUAGCUUUCAACUUCAAUCUGACUUAAAAAUGUUCAGUUACAAUAUGAUUAAUAUUAAAGCUAUGAGCUCCAAAAAUAUGAUCUGAUUGUCUAAUUAAAAGUACAAUGACGCGCCAAGUAUCAGGCGAAAUAUGUUGCCAUUUAAACUGGAAAAAUUUGGAUUAGAAUUUUAUGAAGAGAAUAUAAAUAACGUAUAUAUUUCACCUUGAAAUUCCUAGUACAGUGUAAACCAUGGAGCAAAUAUUUAUGAUUGAGGUGUUUGUAAAAAAAAUCGUGCUUAAAAUAGAGCCACCAGAGAAAGAUGAAUAUGAACUCAUGCUAGAAGCAGAAGAGAGAAAAAGGGAAGCAGAGGCUCUGGCAGCUGCAGAAGCAGCCAAAAAAGGCAAAAAAGGGGCAAAAAAGCCACCUAAACCAAAAAAAGGCAAAAAGGGCAAAGAACCACCAGCACCAUCCGAAGAAGAAUUGAAGUUCAUGCAAACAUGCACAUUGCAAAUGCUAUGUUUACCGUUAUUUGAUUUUUACGUUGCCCAUGAUAACUUUGUUGCACCGGAACCUCCUCCACCACCGGGUAAGAAGGGAAAGAAACCACCUAAACCUAAAGGUAAAAAAGGUAAAGGUAUACCUCCAAGAAAAAUUGUGCUGCCAUCCGAACCGUUACCGCAACCUCCUUACUUCGGCGUUGGUAACUCUGUUAUUUUCUUAUCUAGACCUUCCAAAUUAGAAGAAAUGCUAAAGAAAACUCCUAUUUACGUCACUGUAUGGAACAGAGACCAGGAUAUGAACUGCAUAGGUUUCUGUAUUGUUGAGUGGCAUCAAUCAUUUUUCGAAUGUCUUCAAAGAUCAGGUGAUUUAAAUCCUGUCAAUAUGGACCAAGCCGAAUACAGAGAUACAUCAAAAUCAGAAAUAAUAACGAAUACAGUUCAACUUAUAAGACCUUUGCAAUGCGAGGAAGACCUGAAAGCAUCAGGUGAAAUUGAAUUUUUCAUCCGACUAUCGUGUUUAGGUAAUAAAAUCUUAAGUUUUUUUGUUGCCUUACCAGAAAUGGAGAGAUUGCCUGGACGUAAAUAUUUAUGUGAUGAUUUAAAAUUAAAAGACGUUGAGGUAGUGAGGCAUUGGGAGGGUACGACAAUAGAUUCGGUUGUACCUGUAGCUUUUUUCUUUGGUGCUCCUGAUAUUUCACGUGAACCUAUUAAGCCUGUUGAAGAAUAUAAAGUAUAUGAAGACUUUGUCGCGCCAUUUACUAAGAGUGAGCUAGCCAUACUGGCUAUGGGCUUUCCAAAGGGUCCGUGUGGAGGUACUAACUGUCCUAAUAGAAUGGACUAUAGAGAUAGCCAACAUCAGUUUAUCCACGGGGAGACUAUUAAAGGCAAGUAUCAACAUGGACAGUUCGUCAACAAGAGAGAUGUUCAUGGACCAUGUGGAAGACUAGAUUGCCCGUUAGCAAAGAAAGUCAGAGCUUACAUUUGCUCUGAAGGCAGCUACAAGCCUUGUAAGAAGCCGUGUUGUUUGGACUACUAUUAAAACUAAACACAAAAUUUCGAAAUUAAAAAGAACGUUUGUUUGGUGAUAAAAAAAAGCGC